AUGAACCAAAUACGACUAAUAAAAAGCUUCUGGUGUCUUUUCUUGUUUAUUCAAAUAUGUUUGGCUGCAAACAAACCAAACAGAAAGGUAAGCCACAAAUACUGAAAACAUUUCAUGUCAUAUUGAGCAAUCAACUGAAUGCAUUUAUAGUUUACCUUUUUGCUCUUUUUCGUAGAAACAAACUGGAAACUAGCGACAUAUAGUAGUUUUACUGUUCAAAAGUACUUGAUUGAACCGUGUCCAUUGGUGGAGGUGUACAAUGCAUAAAUUUUAAGUUUUCUUGCAGGAAAAUAAAAAUAAAGGAAAGAAAAAACGUCCAAAUUGUGGUUUUUAUCGCUUCUUGCCUUUACCUGCGCUAACGUUUGCGGCAUUGGAAGCAGAGAUUGUCAACAAAAAACAGGUCAGAUCCAAAUCAAAACAUUCAUUAUUUGUUUUGUUUUCUAUAAAAAUAAAAUAAAUAUAUUAAUAAAAUAAGAAUAUAUGGGUAUAAACCUGAAAAUUUUUACUCUUAACGUUAUACUUAGAUCAAAAUUUUCUUAAUUUUAGGAAAAUGAAACUUACAAGAUUGCUUUAAACUGCCCAACAUUGAAACUUAUCGAGGAACCAAAAAUGUCGCAUACUUUAAAACCCGUAUGUAGCCUACUGUAGCAUGGUAGACAAUAAAUACAUAUAUUGGUAUAAAUGGUAUUAGUAACCAGCAUUUGUAGUGUCUUGAUCACCACGCUUGGUUUUCAAGCUGGGAGACCCGGGUUCACGGAUUCUUGGAGAUGAAAGAGCUACCUUUUCAUUGACAUCAGUAAAUGGUUAGACUUUCGCGUCUUCUCGAAUAAGGACGUUAAAUCGUAGGUACCACGGAUCCCCUAUCAAUUAGGCAAUAUAGCCUGUUGGGAAAUCCGCUCACGAAUAUUUUUACCUUCAGGGUCAGAAAGAAAUCAUUUUGUUCAAAAUGAUAGUAGAUAUAAAUGAAGUCCACACAAGCCCCGAGUUAGUACAUCAUAAGUGUGUGAUAACUAGAUGGUCGGAGAAGUCUAAUGCGUUAGAUAUGUGUCCUUUUGACGUAUCCGUGUGGCCAUACGGCUUGUUUGAUUAUCCUUGUGACGAUUGUAAGUUUGUGAAUAAUACUAAACACAUUUUCUCACAAGUUAUAGUAGUUAUGCUGUACAUAUUGAAUAAUUUUCAAUGCUUUUGCUGCUUUGUAAUUUAGAUGCAGAAGGUCAGUUGACAUUUACGAGGAAACCAGAGAAAAAUAAUGUUGUUGUAAUAAACAUGCAAGAUUCAACGACCAAGGCAAGUGUACAUGGUAUGGUGUGUAUGUGGUAUGUAAUAUGGUAUAGUGUGGUAAGGUAUAUGGUGUGGUAUGCUGUAUAUGGUGUGGUAUGCUGUAUGUAUAUGGUAUACUAUGGUGUGGUAUGGUAUAGUAUGGUAUGCUAUGGUGCAGUUUGGUAUGGUAUGGUAUGGUAUAUGCUAUGGUAUGGUAUGGUAUGGUAUGGUAUGGUAUAAUACUUUGUGUUGCUAACUGUAUGUAUGAUAUUCUCUAGCUUGGUUUGUUCUCAGUGUAUAUGUUAAAUCUGACGUGUUCUCCGAGACUGCCACUUAUUGAACAGAUAGAAACAGUCAGUAAACUACGAAAAGAAAAACCCUGGAAGGUUGAAAUACCAGCAAACUGGUUAGUAAUAUAACUUAUAACAUGAAAAAAAGUUUGUUCCCUGAUUUCCAAACACGCAAUGUUUGUUGUACUGAUUUCCAACCAGUUAGAUGAUGAUCACCUUAUUUUUUCUUACACAAACUCUAGUUCAGGCGUAUUACGUCAAAACUAUGUGGGAUUAUGUCAAGUGGAGGUUUUCAAUCUUUGCCACACGCAAAUAACACAAGUUGUCAACACUACUUUCCAACUUUACGAUGGUAAGUUCUAGAAUUGCUAGUACAGAGACCUGACUCAAAGUCAUUUGAAUACGUUUACAGUACCCAUUUUACCACACUUUUUCAAUCCUCACAUCCGCUUGUUCUUAUAGGUGAGACGGACGAAUGCGAAUAUCUCAAAGAGAGACUUGGUGACCUGUCCGAUCAUCCUUUGGCAGCAUUCUUUGGUCUGAACUACGUUGAAACAGGCUACUUGACAGUGAUAGUGCUGGCUCAAGUAUUGCUGAUAUUGUUGACAGCUGUUGUUAUACGUAUACGAAAACGACAACUUGCUGCACGCAAACGUAAAUAG